AUGAGAAAAAAAUAGUUAGCAUGAAGCUAACGGCUCGGUGUCCGGAGGGCGGUUAUUAGAGUUCCAGUCCGGUUAUUUGGGAUUGUAGGGUUUAGUUCUUAUUUCUUUGUGUUAGACGUUAAAAACGAUCAUUUCAGUAGAUGUUAGCCGCCCCACGCUUUCGCUGGAUCGUGCUGCUGUAACCACGGUAACAGUGCCACGCAAUGCACCAUGGAGGAGGCCCACCAAAUGUUCAGCGCAAUGUUCAGAGAUCCAAAUCCUUCACAGGUUCUGAGGCUGAGGAUCAACAGCAGCAGCAACAGCAGCCAAUCGCAGUCACUCAGCAACAGCCAGCACCUGCCAGUCAUCCCCAGUCACCGGUGACGUCCUUCGCCCCAGCAGCGAGCCCCUCAGCCCCACAGUCUCCGAACUAUCAGAUCAUCAUGAGCCGAAGUCCUGUCACCGGACAGAACAUGAACAUCACGUUACAGAACGUGGGGACUAUGGUUCCUGGGAACCAACAGAUCACACUAACCCCACUGCCGCUACAGAAUCCAGCAUCCCCUAGCUUCCAACACCAGGCCCCGCAAUGGAGGUUUGAACACGGAUCUUCUUCGUACAUCCAAGUGACGUCACCUCUGCCCCAGCCAUUGCAGCCCCAGAGUCCGACCCAGCACAGCCCGGUUUCCCUGCAGGCCGUCUCCAGGCCAGGCGCUCCAGGCACUGCUCUGGGCGUCUGUGGGCAAAGCCCUACACGCUUUGUCGAGGCUGGUAUCAUGGUCCGGCAAAUUAACCUCAGCAGCCCGCCAGGAAGUGGGCAUUUUGUUUACCAAGAGAACCCAGGCUUGACUCAGCUGGCUCCAACCACAUCCGGAGCAGUGCAGCUGGCUUCGCCUGGGACGCAAGCGGCCGUCAGAGAGAGACGCCUCUCUCAGCCGCAUUCUCAAACCGGUGGCACCAUCCAUCACCUCGGCCCACAAAGCCCAGUGGCGACUGGACCUGCUUUGCCAACGUUGGGCAGCCCUGGUCACAUUACCACCUCUAAUCUGCCUCCUCAAAUCAGCAGCAUCAUCCAGGGCCAGCUGCGGCCCAUGAUUUUUGACAAGACCACCCAAAGUGUGGUAGCAGGUGUUGCCACAUCCGCGACAGCCUCUUUCGGUGUUCCUUCGGCUGUCCCUCCGUCCAGUCCAUCUCGGAACAGCUCUUCUCAGGCGCUCCCAAAUCCUCCUCUCACCCCUACGGGUGUCUGCUCGGUGAAGAAGCUCCAGCCAAAGAAGCUGGAGGAGAUAGCGCCCCCCAACCCUGAAGUAGCUCGCCUGAGGAAGCAGUGCCUGGAGCACCACGAGAAGAAGAUGGAGGGCCUGAAAGAAGUCUUCAGGGAGUAUCUGAUUGAGCUUUUCUUCUUGCAGCACCUGCAAGGCAACAUGAUGGACUACAUUGCCUUCAAGAAGAAGCCGUGUGUGCCCCUCUUCACCUACCUGAGGCAAAAUGACCUGGACAUUGAGGAUGAGGAGGAAGAAGAAGAGCAGUCAGAGGUGAUCAAUGAUGAGGUGAAGGUAGUGACUGGAAAGGAUGGCCAGACAGUGACUCCUGUUGCCAUAGCCACCCAACUCCCACCCAACGUGUCAGCAGCGUUUUCGACUCAACAGCAGUUCCAGGUUCAUCCUGGGGCUGCAGGUGGCAGCAUCUCCAAUCCAGUGGACAUGGAGGCCUUCAAAAGGCAACAGGCCUUGGCUCAAGCAGGUGGCAUGCCCCCCACCCCUCAGUCAGUCCAGAUUGGUGGGCAGAAACAGAACCAGCAGCAGUACGACCCGUCCAAAGGCCCUCCAGUCCAGAACGCUGCUAGCCUCCACACACCGCCACCGCAGUUGCCCGGCCGGCUGCCCCAGGCUGGUCUCCCCAUGGCUGGUUUGCCCCUCACUCUGUCCCAGACUCAGCCCAUGGUGCUGGAGCAGCAGGCCCAGGCAGCUGGGCUCCAGGCUCAGGUGAAGCUGCAGGGUGUUCAGGGGGCAGGGGCAGUGCUCGCUGCAGUCAAUCCACACACACAACUGCAGGCACAACUCCAGCAGCAGAUGCACCUCCAGAUGCAGCAGCAGCAACAACAGCAGCAGCCGGUCAUGCAGCAAGGACAGGCGACUGUCACGCUUGUCCGUCCUGGAGUGGAGGUGUCUCAGCCAGUCCAGCGCCUGAUGUCCAAUUCUUUGUCCACCUCAGUCAUGUCCCCGAGUCCACUCGCCUCCCCUUCUUCCCUCCCCUCGCCCCACCCUUCAGCUCCUGUGCGGACUUCUAGCGCUGGGCCCAGCCUCUCCCCCGCUACACAGUCAAAACUGGCUGGCUCCAACGGCUCCACAGGGCUGAAACUGUCUGGGCUGAGUCAGGGCUCAGCCAGCCAGAACAUGCAGGAAAGCUCCCAGGACAAGCAGGCUGAGCAGGCCAAACUGGAGAGCCAGGUGCACCAGCGCAUUGCGGAGCUGAGGAAGGAGGGCCAGUGGUCAGCAAGCCGGCUGCCCAAGCUCCAGGAAGCCAGCAGGCCCAAGUCCCAGUGGGACUACCUUCUGGAGGAGAUGCAGUGGAUGGCUGCCGAUUUUGCCCAGGAGAGGCGCUGGAAGAUGGCUGCUGCCAAGAAGCUGGUGCGCACUUGUGCCCGUUACCAUGAUGAGGUGAAGAAAACCAUGGAGAGGGAGAAGAACGAGGAGGAGCUUAGGUUAAGGAACAUCGCCAGUGCCAUUGCUCGAGAGGUGGAUUACUUUUGGUCCAACAUCCAACAGGUUGUGGAAAUUAAACUGCGGUUUGAGAUCUCUGACAAAAGACAAAAAGCUCUCGGCCUCCAAAGAUUAGGGAAUAAAGGACAGAACAGUAAAACUGCACAGUCUUCAGGAGAGAAUCCAGAGAAGGAAAGCAAAGCGGGGUCCGGCAGCACCACUCGAAAGAGGAAGACGAGCACGCCACUGUCAGAUGAAGAAGUUGAAGAUGAGGAGAGUACCAUAGAAGAGCAGGAAGCUAUGGAAGUAGCUGCUGACCAAAAAGCAGAGCUUGCAGAGCUCACCAAGGAAGCUGAGGUGCCAUUGGAAGCGCUGGUAAAGAAGUAUGCUGGUGCCUACGCUGAAGGGUUUGAGUGGCCCCAGCCUGCCUGCCAGAGUGAGGAUGAGGAGAAAGACGAAGUUGAAGAUAUGGAUAGUUCUCCACUGGAUAGUCCCCACGAGGCGGUUCUGAUUGAUUCCCUCUUGAGUGACGAGCAGUACCGUGGAAACGAACGGACCAGCAGCUCCUCUGGAACCGACGGCAAGCCCUUAAAGGAUAUAGCAGAAGUCUCCAGGGCAACAGACCUCAUCCUGCCUAAAGGCAGUGCAAAGACUAAUCCAACUACACGACUCCCUGUGCCCUCUCUCCUUCAUGGCUCUCUGAGGGACUACCAGGUAGUUGGUGUGGAAUGGCUGGCCAACCUGCACCGCAAACACCUCAAUGGCAUCCUAGCGGAUGAGACCGGCCUGGGCAAGACUGUCCAGACUGUGGCUUACCUUGCACGCCUUGCCUGCCAUGAAGGUAUUUGGGGGCCUCAUCUGGUGGUGGUGAGGACCUGCAAACUGCUGAACUGGGAAAUGGAGUUCAAACGCUGGUGUCCCGGCCUCAAAAUCCUCCUAUAUCUGGGCAGCAAGAGAGAACGCAGAUACAAGCGGAAAUGGUGGGGUGAGCCCAACAGUUUCCACGUGUGCAUAACAGCAUAUAAAGUGCUGCUAAAGGACCAGACUCACUUCCUGAAGAGACGAUGGAAGCAUCUGGUGUUAGAUGAGGUGCAGCUGAUCAAAAACAUGACUGAAAAACACUGGGAAACCAUCUUCAACAUCAAGAGUCAGCAGAGGAUCUUGCUGAUCAGCAACCCUCUGCAGAACACUCUGAGAGAGCUGUGGACUAUGAUUCAUUUCCUCCUGCCUGGAAUCACACGCGCGUACCAUGACUUCCCCGUCAAACCCGGCACGGACCAGAACCAGGACUACUGUCACAAGCUGGUCAUCAGAUUACAUAGGAUGAUUCAGCCCUUCAUUCUGCGCCGCUCUAAAAGAGACGUGGAGAAACAGUUGCCUAAGAAGUAUGAGCACAUCCUGAAGUGCCGUCUUUCUGCCAGACAGAAGAGCAUGUAUGAGGACAUCCUCACACAGCCAAGCUCUCAGGAGGCCCUGAAGACCGGACAUUUCGUGAGCGUUCUGCAGGUCCUUAUGCAGCUGCAAAGGAUCUGCAACCACCCAGACCUGAUCCAGACCAGAGAUACAGCCAGUUCCUAUACCUGCCAACCCCUGCAGUACAAUACACCAUCCCUGCUGCUCACAGCCCUGCAACAGGACCAGUGGAAGACUGUGGACUUAUCUCUGUUUGACCUGAUUAAUAACGAGGGCAGACUGACCCGCUAUGAGACCAAGGAGGUUCUGCCCAAACUCAGACUGACCCAGCAGCUCAUUGAGGAAAUCCACAGCGCUCCUGAUCCUCCACCAAGACCCAAACCCUGCAAGAUCAAACCCAUGAGGCUGUUCCAGCCAGUGCAGUAUGGUACUAAACCAGAGGGGCGUCUUUUGCCCCUGACGAGCAGUACUCAAGCCCAGCGCUCUACUGCUGCUACCACAACUGCCCCCACCACCACGACUGCACCUACUGCUGCAGUUCAGAGCAACCAGCCCAGGGGCAAAUCACCUGUCACUACCACUUCAUCUACUCCAACCCAAACAGCUACCAGCUCACCAGGACUCCCCGUUGCAGCCGUUCCCUCUGCCCCCACCUCUACCAGUCUUGCUUUGGCUGUGGCAGGGGUGGGUGCUGUACCCCCCAGGUCUGGUGUUGCUGCCCAGCCUGCAGCUACCCACCCCCUGCAGCCCAGCCUACUCUCUCAGAGGCUGGUCCUCAGCCCCCAGGCCCAGGCUCGCUUGCCUAGUGGAGACGUGGUAAAGGUGGCUCAGUUGGCGUCUAUAACUGGAGCACAGAAUCGGAUUGCACAGCCCGAGACGCCGGUCACGCUGCAGUUCCAGGGCAAUAAAUUCACACUGUCCCCCAGCCAGCUGCGUCAGCUCACCACUGGACAGCCUCUCCAGCUGCAAGGCAAUAUUCUCCAGAUCGUGUCGGCCCCGGGGCAGCCCAUCCUCAGACAGCAGGGGUCCAUGGUGAUGCAGGCCGUGCCUCAGGCUGUGCCUGUUCAAAACUCCACAGGCGCUCAGGGUGUUGUUCCUCCUGUAACGUCCACACCACCGCAGGCUGGUGUGAGUUCUGGUGCGGCAGUAACAACCUCCGCUGCCACUGAUGCAGGCACCAACACCAAGCCGUCAACUAAUGCCACAUCACAAGAGUCAAAUGAGAAGAGGAGUCGACAGCUGAAGGAGCGUUUGGCUCAUCUGCUGAGCAUUAAUGAGCGGCGUGUUAGUCGCUCUGUGCUGUAUGGGAUGGACCUACUCGAGGCCUGCUCUGUGACUGAAGGACACUCCGCUGCUUCUCUCUUCGCUCCUAAACACUCACGCUGGCUCUGGACGGGCAGGGAUGCCUGCCUGAAAGCCCAGCAGGACGAUGUUUCCACUGUGGAGCCACUCCGCUCGGCUCUAUUGUCCCACAGAGACAGGCUGCAGGCCGGGGACAGCCUGAUGAAGAGGUUGUCUUGUGUACUUCCUGCUGCUGUAGCCCCGACCCCUCAGCUUUAUGCAUCCAAUCCUCCACCAUCUUACAGCCUGAGACAGAAGUCAUUCGUGCGUCAGCUGCGGAAAGCGUCCGCCCCUUAUAAUCUGGAGGUCCACAGUCUGGCCUGCCCUUCGCUGUUCGAGCUCCCUGAUAAACACAUGCUGGAGAUGGACUCGGGUAAGCUGGAGGCAUUGUCUAUCUUACUGCACAAGCUGAAGGCGGAAAACAGGAGAGUGCUCAUAUUCACUCAGAUGGCCAGCAUGCUGGAUAUUCUGGAGGCAUUUCUAGAUCAUCGCCAUCUUACCUAUGUGCGCCUAGAUGAGAGUCUGUCCCUCGAGGAAAGACAGGAUCAGGUGAAGCGGUUUAACCGUAACAAGCGCUUCUUCUGCUCCAUCCUGACAAAUCGCUGCUGCUCUGCUGUGGGUCACGUGUUUGAUGCGGACACCAUUGUGUUCUACGACACUGAUCUAAACCCCAGCAUGGAUGCCCGCACACAGGAGUGGUGUGACAAGAUUGGCCGCUCCAAGGACAUUCACAUCUACAGGUUGGAGAGUGGGAACUCCAUUGAGGAGAAGUUGCUGAAGAACGGCACUAAGGACCUGAUCAGAGAGGUUGCAGCACAGGGCACGGAUUACACCCUCGCAUUCCUCACUCAGCGCACCAUUCAGGACCUGUUUGAGGUGGAGGCAGGCUCUGGGGAGAAGGUGGAGGAGUUUGUGGUUCUGCAUCAGGAUCCGUCUCCAGCAGAAUCGAUCCCUCCUCAUGUGGCCAGACCAUACAUACAGGCCCUGAACACCAUCACCCUGCAGACACUUCACUCCGAGGACGAGCAGCAGGAGGACGAGAGAGCGGAAGAGGGCAGAGAAGAAGUGAUGGUGAAAGGAGAAGAGCAGUUGGAGGAUGAGGGCGAGGCAACAGAGGAGGCCUCCCAGCUAGAGGAGCUCACAGCAGUCAUGGAGCAGCUGACUCCUAUAGAGCGUUACGCCCUGCACUACCUGGAGUACCUGCACGUCAGUGAAGAUGAAACGAUUGCCAAGGAGCGUACAGAAGCUGCUAAGAAAAGCUGGGAGCUGCAUCUGCAGCAGAAACUGAAGGUUGAGGAGGAGGAGCGGAUGGUUCUAGAAGAAGAGGAAGAUCUCUUUACGUACACUAGAGAGGAUGCUUACAACAUGGAAUACAUAUUUGAGAAUGAGGAUGGUCAGACAGAAAUUAUGCCGCUCUGGACCCCACCAACCCCACCUCAGGAUGAUAACGAUAUCUAUAUUGACUCUGUGAUCUGCCUGAUGUAUGACUCCGCUCCCAUGCCUGAGUCCAAACUGCCCCCAGUCUACAUCCGCAAGGAGCACAAGAGGCCCAAGAUGGAUCCUUCUGCCGUGGGCCGUAAGAAGAAGAAGGGUCAUGGUGAGGCAGUCAUACCACCUCGGUCACUCUUUGAUAAGGCCAGCAUGGUAAAGGUCCGGCGAGAAGGGAAAGACCAGAAGAAGAACUUCUCCCUGAAACAACAGGCUCCCUUUGCCAAGCCACUGCCCUCACUGGCCAAACCUGCCAUGGAGGCUGGACAGGACAACCCAGAGUGGCUCAUUAGUGAGGACUGGGCUCUACUGCAGGCUGUGAAGCAGCUGCUUGAGCUCCCUCUGAACCUGACCAUUGUGUCUCCGGCUCACACUCCAAACUGGGACCUGGUGAGUGACGUGGUGAGCUCCUGCAGCCGGAUCUAUCGCUCGCCCAAGCAGUGCCGCAGCCGCUAUGAAAACGUCAUUAUCCCCCGCGAGGAGGGCAAGUUGAUGUAUGAAGCUAAUCCCAAGAAGAAGACCAAGAGCAUCUAUAAGUCGAAGAACAGUCGUCCUCUGCGCACGUGUCAGAUCUACACUCAGGAUGACAAUGCCACUCAGAUACAGCUUUACAACAACCGCUUUGAGCUCAUGAAGAUCAUCGCCAGCAAGAGGAGCCCUCCUAUCAAACCCCUGCUGGGUAUGAAUCCAUUCCAGAAGAACCCAAAGCAUGCUUCAGUGUUAGCUGAAAGUGGGAUCAGCUACGAUAAGCCGCUGCCUCCCAUCCAGGUAGCAUCUCAAAGAGCUGAGAGAAUCGCUAAAGAGAAGAAGGCUCUAGCAGAUCAGCAGAGGGCACAGCAGUUAGCUCAACAGCAGCAGCAGGCAGCUGGAGCUGCCCAAGGCCAAGUAGCUGCCACCCAGCCUCAAGCCCAGCCACAGGCUGCUGCCACUGGACCACAAGCAGCUGGAGUCCCCCAGGCCAACCAGCAAGGAGCUGCUGCAGUCCCCAACACUGCUGUACUGGCUGGAGCUAUCAAGACAGCUGCUGCUGCUGGAACAGGCAUUCAGACAGCAGCUACAGUGGGGGGUAAUGUGAUCGUAAACACGGUGGCUGGAGUUCCUCCAGGCCAAUUUCAGGGCAACAAACGACUAGCUUCUCCUGCCAUCCCUGGAGCUGUGGCAGCUGCAGGUACUACUACAGCGCAGGUGGUUCACACCCAGCAGAGGGCCGUCCCUGCUGCCCCCGCCCCCACUGAAGUUGUCACCAUAGCCACUCCGGGCAUUCGAGCUGUUACCCCAGUGACUGCCUCAGCUGUGGUGUCCACCAGUCUGUCUGCGGGCCAGUCACAGACGCGCUCGCUGGCAGCUCCAGCGGGGAUACAGAAGCUUUCACCUGCGCAGCUGCAAAUAUUGAGGCAGCAGCAGCAGCUCCAGCAGAUCCAGCAGCAACAGCAGCAACAGGCUGGUUCUCCUCAGAUCAAAGCAGGAAACAAACCACAGCCGGACUUGCUGAAAAUGAGUAAGCAGAAGCUGCAGAUGACUCCGCAGCAGCAGGUUGCGGCGGCAGUCGCUGCAGCUCAGGGUCAGCAGGCCACAGUUACCCAGACGCCUCAGCAGGUUCAGGCUGCCCCGGCGCCGCAGCCCAGCCCGCAGCUCACUGCAGUGGCUGCACCCAGAGCUACAACCACCGUCCUCACCGCGACCCCCGGCCCCAACCUGCAGGUGACCAGACUGGCACGAGUUCCGGUUACAUCUGCUCUCCAGACACAGCCAGGUCAGCCUGCUCAGGUCACACUGACCAAACCUCCUCCGGUGGUGUCCGUGCCAGCUGUGGUUUCCUCCACAGGGGUCACCACACUACCCGUCACUGUGGCCGGCAUCAGCGUGGCCAUCGGACAGGCCCAGAAAGCAGGUGCUCCUGUUGUGGCACACCCGUUACAGGUGCAUCAGUUGCUGAGGCAGAAGCAGGCAGCAGCUCAGGUGGCCGCAGUGCAGCAGAAAGCAGCACAGCCUCAACAAACACAGGCUGCAGUGCAGCAGAAGUUGGCCACUCAGCAGGCUGCUCAGUCAGCAGGUCAGGUCCAGCAGAAGGUGACGUAUGCAACCACUCAGCUGCAGCCAGGCAUAAAGACCCAGUUCUUCACCACCUCCAUUGCCACCCAGAAACCUGCCACCACACAGCAGAUACAGGUUGCUAAAUUCCCUCAGAUAGUGCAGCAACAGAUAGUGUCCCCACCCCAGCAGAUCCAAGUGCAGAAUCAGACGGUGGCUCUGACCCAGGCGGCCGCAGCAGUAGCCGGAGCGUCCACUCAGGCACAGGUUCAGGUGAUACCUGCAGCCUCCGGCUCCGCCGCACAGGUCGUCCAACAGAAACUGCUCCAGCAGCAGCAGGUCGUCACAGCGGCUGUUACGCCCGCUGCCGCCGCAUCCCCCCAGGUUCAGACCCCGGCCCCUCACAGCCCGGCCCAGCCGCCACAGCAGCAGAGCGUCACGACGGCCCCUGCGGGCGAGGCAGCGCCACAGCAGCCUGGCACACCCCAGCCACAGCAGGGCAAAGGAAACGCACGCACAGGAGCAGCCAUGCGCUCAAAAACUCCCGCCAAGCCCAGCGGAGGCAGCUAAACACACUCGCACGUCAUUGCUGUCAUAUCAAAACCCUCGUUCCGUUUUUAUUUUUCUUGUACCAUUUAAAAACUCCAGCUGCCCUUACGUUGUGUAACAUUUCAAUAUGAAUGGACCGACAGAAAUGGUCCAGAAUUAGUUGGCAUAAAACGUUGUUACAUUAAUGUAUCAUUACUGUCCAAAAAAACUUGCAUCUUCAUUUUUUCGAUUUUUAUUUUUCUACAUCGUUUGAAAACACUGUGGAAGUUUCAUUAAGUACGGACCAAUAGAAAUGAUCCCAGAUAAGUUCUAAAUCUCUUUACAUUAACUUUGUUCAAAAGUUAAAUUCUUUUUGCAUUUUCCUGGAGAUGCAAGUGUCUGGGUUUUUGGACAGUAACUAUACGUUAAUGUUAAGAACAUUAUUCUCUCUUCCCUGCAAAAUGACCGUUUGUUACCAUUUUUUAGGUGACGAGGUUUUGCUACGACAGUGACGAUAUGCAGGUACAUGAACAAGUACCUGGACUGCACUCACCACUUCAUCAUACUUUCGUGAAGCUCCACUGACUGACAUGAGGACAAACUGUAUGUUCGUUCAUUCAGUGGCCGCUCAGUUAUGCUGUUGAUGGGCAGCAUAACGUUUGCUUUCACACGAAAUGUCACACCAACGCCGACCAGUCUCAUCGUACCUGUUGGUUCUCUCUCUCUCCCUCUCUCUCCCUCUCUCUCUCUGUAUAACUGGUAACUGAUCAGUCCUUGUCAUAACGUAUCAUUAAGCUAUAGACUCUCCUCAUUGGCUCAGAGAGAGGCUGUGUGGAGACUGGUCAGUAUUGUCAGUGGUGGUGGCAGUUUUUUUUAAACUUGUGUGCCCAGAAACUCAUUAGUGUGGCUGUUCUGCUUUACCGGACUCUAUUAUCAUGCUGUAAAAUGCUUGCUUUUUUCUACUGCACCUUUAUUGUUUAUACAGCUGUGAAUGUUAGCGCACUCCGACACCCUUGGAGAGUAUGAGUUAUGAAAAAUCCAGGAAUAUCCACGUCUGUGCCGCAGGUUGGAUCCUCUACAGCACGUCUGGCAGGAUGACUGGUAUAACACAAUUUCCAGGCAAUCCACCACCUGUUGGUAAUGUGUUGCUAAAUGUGCGUUUUCUGCUAUUCUGGCUUUUUUUAAACAUAUGUGUAUUUGUGUAAGUGAGUAUCCAUCUGAACUGUGUACUUCUUUGUUUAGUUAUGGCCACGUAAGUGUGAGAACAUCCCAGUACGGAUGUAGAAUUAGCAACUAGCCAUCGCUAUAUGUAAACAUUGAGGUUUGGGAAGAUUUUAAUAGACACCCACAAAACCACAGUGAUUAGAACCCCCCACAUCCUGCAUUAUUAUCAGGAUGCUAUUAAAGCACUACUGAGACUCAAGCAGGUUAGAAAGCAAAGCCAUCGGUGUUCAAAAAAUGAAUAGAAGUGAGUUGUUUGAGGUUUUUUGGCUGUUUUUAGUGAAUGAUAGCGAUGUCUUUAAUGUGCUGUGUUGUGUUAAAUCUGAGAUUGUUACUCUAAUUGAGUCAGAGGUCAGUAGUAGCUCGUUAUUUAAACUGUCACUGUGGGGGUUUCAUCAUCAAGCUGCUUGUGAAAAUGCAGAAUUAAAAGAAAAGGCAGUGUAAAUGAUCCAAAUCAGUCUUCUCUAA